AUGCUUACGGGAAGCCCACCAAUUUGGAUUGUUGCCUUCAUGGUGAUCUGUUUGUCACCAUGGUUUUGUCAAUUGAUCUCCGCCGAAUAUUAUGCCCAAUGUGAGGGUAACGAUAAUCGUUAUAUAGCAAGUCCGGAUAGUUGCUCGCGUUACAUAUUCUGUUAUGGCCAAGAGUCCUUUGAAGGGGAUUGUGAUGAGGAGGCACCAUAUUUUUCGGAAACUGAUCAGACAUGCGAUGUCAGUGAGGAUGUUUGUAAAAAAUUUGAAGGCACCGAUAAUGGUGAAGGUGGUGAGGGAGAUGGUGAAGGCGAGGGAACUGGUGAAGGCGAGGGAAAUGGGGAAGGCGAUGGAGGAGAGGUGGUAAAACCCGGACAACCCGAAAUUGAACCAAAUAAUCCAGAAGUGCCUCCCAAUGUGGUAACAUCAGCACCAGUUCCAUCACCUUCAGUAUCAAGCGUAUCUUCUUCGGUCAUAGUAACAACAACCGUAAAACCCUCUAGCAUUAAACCAACCCAAAGUUCUGCUGUGCCAACUUCAAGUACUACCCCAAAACCUCCUACAAUUGCAAGUUCCACAACUCAAGCUAGCAUUACUGCCGUUAAAUGCCCCGCAGAAGAUGAUCCGCUGAAUUUAGUCUUCCUACAACAUCCUAAAUCCUGUUCAGAUUAUUUUAUGUGUUAUCAUGGUGAGCCGAUCGCCAUGCAUUGCUCGCAUUCCCUACAUUUCGAUGUUCGCACCCGUAAAUGUGAUUAUCCGGAAAAUGUUAAGUGUCAGCUCCAUUCAGUUUCACCGCGAGAACAAUGUCAAGACCAUACCGUCGAUGUUUUUCCCCAUCCCACCAAUUGUAAUUAUUAUUACUUAUGCCGCCUUGGGUAUCUCAUGGUGAUGCAAUGCCCUCCCAAUAUGGAUUGGGAUUAUAAUCGCAAUGUUUGUGUUUUGCGUGGUCAAGCCACAUGUUAUUCGUCCACCAAACAGAGUAAUAGUUGGAAUUUCUUUUCAAAUUAA